ACUCCCUAAUUGUGCGUUGCUGUGGUCAGCCGUGCUCUCUCGCUCCCUCUCCCUCUCCUCUCGGGUUGGGAGCACUGCGCUGCUACUCUCUGGGCAGGAGCUGUGGGGCAUAUAGCAGCUGGUCCCCUGGUGGUGGUGUCCGUCGUUGGUCCCUCAAUUGACGGAUUACCGUCAUGUGGAUGGUUGACGGUGAUGGCUUUUGACCAUAAGAUCUGUGUAGGCUUGCCUUAUUGUCUCCUCCAUGGACUUACCCCAGAGAACAGCUGGGGCAUUCGGUUGUUUUGGGGUGUAAAUACACAAAAUUAUCUUUGGCAGAAGGAAACUUAUCUAGGCUGUCGACUACAAUAUGCCUGUGCCUCUGGGAGUGGUACUGUUAGGCGUACUCCUGAAAGUUUCCAAAGUGGCUGGACGCUGACUGCCUGGUCUCUUUGGUUUAUGAAAGCUGAUAUUUCUCAGUAGAGCUGGUUGGACUUCUUUCUUGCUCAAGUCUUUCCACACACACUCUCCUGAGGGCGUCUCGGUCCAGACGUGUGUCAUCGCGGACUCUGAUUGGCUGAGAAAUACCCACCCCGAGGAGAAGGAUCUGACAGGCAGAGAGACCGAGCGAUCGUCACCGUUAUUGAGCACCGAGACCUCCAGGCGGGAACACCGGGAGAGAGCAGCGCACCAGCCGGGCUGAGGAGCACGAACGUCGGCAUGAAGAUUGAGUUCGCCCCGCUAAAUGUUCCCGUGCAGAGGAGACUGCAGACUGCGUCUGUGCUGCAGUGGGUAUUCUCCUUCGUCGCUUUAGCUCAGUGCUGUCUGGCUGCCUUUAUCCUCCUCCUGCUCUCUGAUUGGUGGAUGUUGGCUCUGCUCUAUGCUGGCUGGCUGUGGUUGGACUGGGACACACCCUCAUGUGGGGGUCGGAGAUCACAGUGGAUCAGGACCUGGACUAUCUGGGACUACUUCAGGGACUACUUCCCUAUAACGCUUGUUAAAACUGUUGAUCUAGAUCCAAAGAAAAACUACAUCUUUGGAUUUCACCCACAUGGUGUCCUGGUUGCUGGAGCAUUUGCAAACUUCUGUACAGAGUCAACAGGUUUCUCCUGUCUAUUUCCUGGACUCAGGUCUCACCUGCUGAUGCUGCCAUUGUGGUUCAGAGUGCCACUGUUCAGAGAUUACAUCAUGUGUGGAGGUCUGGUGUCCAGUGCUAAGUCCAGCUUGUCAUACCUGGUCAGUUGUCCUGAGGGAGGUCAGGUUGCUGUCAUCGCAGUAGGCGGAGCUCCAGAGGCUCUGGACGCUCGACCAGGAGCUUUAAAGCUGCAGAUAAAAAAUCGUAAGGGAUUCAUCAAACUGGCUCUCAAACAUGGAGCUCAGCUGGUUCCGGUCUUUUCAUUUGGAGAAAAUGAGUUGUUCGAUCAGAUGGAGAAUCCAGCAGGCUCGUCUCUAAGGACACUGCAGAACCGGCUGCAGAGCAUCAUGGGAGUAGCUCUGCCUCUCUUUCAUGCCAGAGGAGUUUUCCAGUACAGCUUCGGCUUGAUUCCCUACAGGAAGUCCAUACACACUGUUGUGGGAAAGCCAAUCUCAGUCACCCAGACUCCCAGUCCCAGCAGUGAGGAUAUCGAGAGUCUUCAUGCAAUUUACCUUCAGAGUUUGACUGAUCUGUUCGAGCACCACAAACACACUUAUGGGCUGAGUGACGACCAGCACCUGACCUUCAUAUGACUUGUUUUACUUGGACAAUUCUUUACAUGACCAGUUUAUAAGCACCUGAUGGUCAGGUGACCAUUAUCUCUGUGGGCUAGCUGCUCCUUUACAGGAUAAGCACCAUGCUAAUAAUGCUAGCAGGGCACAUUGAUAUAAUUAGACAAUGCUAUAAGUAAGAAAAAAAAAAAAGGUGUGAACAGUACAUAGACAUUAGGAGAGGUGUGUUCAAAGUGAUGUCUCUUUCUGUAAUGACCCAUGUUGCAAUGAUGCAAGUAACAUUAGGUACAGAUGAUUGAUGAGGGUAUUCAGAGAUCUGCUUUGACAACAGGGUGACAAUAAAUGAGAGAAGAUGAAA